AUUCAUUGUGAUUUGUUACUAUUAUCACCAUGCUAGUAUCUGAUGUUGACCGAAAUGCCGUCAGUUUGACAACCUUACAAACCAAAGACAUCACAAGUUUACAGUUAAGUACGCCACAAACUGUAACUACAUUUACCACAUCAACAAGAGAAUCUGCUAUGUCUACUUCGAGUGAUAUCCUAGGAAAGCAAGAAAGUCAAAAUGCUAAUGCUCUUUCUGCUGAACAAGCGAUAGUUAGUUUACUUGAACGUACAAAAUACACUUACGUACAAGAGAAUGGGCAGAGACGUUACGGACCUCCACCAAAUUGGCAAUGUGAGGCACCUCCAAGAGGUUGUGAGGUAUUUAUUGGCAAAAUUCCCAGGGACUGUUUUGAAGAUGAACUUAUUCCCGUAUUCGAACAAAUUGGACCAAUUUAUAUGUUUCGAUUAAUGAUGGAACUUAAUGGUAUAAAUCGAGGCUUUGGCUUUUGUGUAUACACUAACAGAGAAGAUACUAAACGAGCAGUUCAAGAACUUAACAAUUAUGAAAUUAGAAAAGGAAAAACAAUCGGAGUAUGCUUAAGUGUAGAUAACUGUCGUUUAUUUGUUGGAGGAAUACCCAAGAAUAAAACAAGAGAAGAAAUAUUAUCUGAAAUGAAACGAGUAACAGAUGGAGUCAAAGAUGUAAUAUCGUAUCCAAGCGUAACCGAUAAGACAAAAAAUCGUGGAUUCGCAUUCAUCGAGUACGGCAGUCAUAAAGCAGCUGCAAUGGCCAGACGAAAACUACUUCCCGGACACAUUCAUUUGUGGGGUCACCAAAUAGCUGUUGACUGGGCCGAACCAGAAAGAGAGGUUAAUGAAGAUAUCAUGUCAAAAGUCAAGAUUUUAUAUGUUCGCAAUCUAAUGCUGUCAACUACAGAAGAGAGUUUACGUGAUUCGUUUAUUAAAGCUGCCGGUGGUGAUCCUAACAGUGUUGAAAGAGUAAAGAAAAUAAGUGAUUAUGCGUUUAUUCACUUCAGAGAGCGUGAACAAGCUUCACAAUGUUUGCAUACUUUAAACGAUACCUAUAUUGAUGGUUCAAAGAUAGAAGUUACAUGGGCAAAACCAGUUGACAAGAAUGAGUUAAACACUCGACAACAGCCCUCUCGUACACCUGGAAGAUUAAUAAAUGAAUUAAUUUUAUCAAAUGAUCAAAACAUGAUUGCCGCAGCUACAGCUGUUGUAGCAGCUGGAGGGAUGUUGCCCCAAUUGGAAUCAACAUCACCAUUUUUUUUACCAUCUCAAGGCACGCCUGUGGGAACUGAUCUUUUACCAACUAAUUCAGAUGUUUUAAACUCCGGGCGAACAGAUAAUAAUCUUGGAAGUCCUAGUUGUAUGAAGCUGAAUUCCUCAAGAACGGGCCGAAGGAAUGCGGCUGGUAGUCGAAGCGCUGGAGCCCAAAAGGAUCGUAAACAUCCUGUAGAAAAGUUACAGCAACGUCAGUUGAAUCCGUUAGCUCUUUUAGAGAAUUUAAAUGAUCUAUGUUUACGUGAUGGUCUUGGUUCUCCGAUAUGUAGUGCAAUACCAGUUGAUUUCAUUGAUUCAACUACAGGAAAUAAGUUUCAGUUGUAUGUUGGACAGGUUUAUAUUCCCAAACUACAAUUUCGAUGCAACACAAGUCGGUAUUAUUUAACAUCUACUGAGGCUAAACUGGGUGCUUCUGAAAUAGCUAUUCAAAGUCUUCCAUUUAACCCUUUUAACUUGAAUGAAGCAUUCACAGCUAGUUAUGCACUGCCAAUUAAUCCAAGUGUAAUGCAUACAAAUGCAGCAUUUAUGCCAUUACCAUUAUCAAACAAUUUACCAAAUACAUCAACUCCACUGAAUUUAUUACAAUCUCAAACAAAUGUUCUACAAUUAUCUGGUACAACAAAUUUUCCUAUAAAUACUACUGGUUUAGCAAAUGUAACGGGUAAUUUAACCAAUAAUAAUAAUAAUGUUAAUCUACAAAAUGAAUGUACUGCUGGAACCAUAAUCAAUAAUGCGUUUGAUUAUUCAACACAGUUAUUUUCAAAUGGAACAUUAGGAAAUGGUGGACUUAUUAAUGCAACAUUUAACAAUCAACCUACUUAUUAUUUUGAUCCAAAUUCCAUUUCAACCGCUGCUGCAACAGCUAUGUUGGUUGGACCAAAUGGAUUAAGUACCGUCAAUAGCAAUGCUAUACCACAAAUUAUUGGACUGCAACAAUCAUUAAACAAUUGCAGUAAUGAAUUAGAACAAAACUGUUCAUCUUCUUCUACUAUUGGACAAUCGUUAAACUCUUUGUCACCACUAGCAGGUUUAUAUAAUUUUGGUUUACAAAUACCAUUAAUUUCAACAUCAGCUUUAUCACAAUCACAACCGACAACUAAUGCAACUUCACAAUCGGCAACGGUAAUGAAUUUAUUGAGUCAGUCAUAUACAAAUCCUGUUUCUGUACUCAAUGGUACUCUAUCAGUUACACAAUCAAUGAAUGAACAAAACCCACAAAUAACUCUCUCUGGUACAAGUUGAUCUGUAAUAUUAUAUUCAUAAAUAUGAAAUUAGUAACUGGUUGAAUGAGAUUUUAAGUUUUCGUAAGUUUUCAAUGGAUAAAUAUCUAAGUGAUGCUUUUUUAUUUGAAGUGAUUUCUUGAAAUUCACGAAUUGUAUUGUUUUGAAUUAAACGGAAUACAUAAAUCCCAAUACCAAAUAUUUUUGCAAUAUAUAUUCUUUCCAUUUAUUUUGUUAUAUAUUCCAUUAUCUUCGUAAAUGGUUUAAUCUUCUUUUGUCUACCUAUAUUUUUCCUUUAUAUUCUUCUUUUAAUUAUCUGUGUAAACUGCUUGUCUAUUUCACUUGUCAUUUAAUCUAAAGAGGGAUUAUUUCCAAACUGUUCUAAACGAUCAGCAAUCAAUAAUAUGGGUAUGAACAAACAUUUUGUGCUGAUAUUUCUUUUAUACACAAUUAGAUACAUAAGCUAAAACACUAUAAACUCUUGAGAUACCGUUGUUCUUUCAUGCAUCUUUAUUUAUGCAACAAAGGUAUUUUGUUUUACUUUUUUUGUAGUCAUUAGUAUUUAAUACAGUCGUUUCACAUUACUACUAUUAUCAGCUUCGGGACAAAAGUUGUUUUUCUAUAUGCAAAUACUUUUACCGUCUUUUUGUGUUUUACGUCCUCUAACAUAAUAGUCAUUAUUACCAUUUUAAUGAAAAAAAGACAUUUUGUAAAUCAUCACCAUUACUAUUAUUAUCCACAUAUUUGUUGUCAUUAACAAUGUUCACGUUAUUAUCGACUAAAUCAAUAGUACAGUCUUAGGUAUGUAGGUCAAGUCUUCGCUGAAAACUGUUCAUCUUUGAUACAAUAUAUAUAUAUAUAUAUAUAUAUAUAUAUAUAUAUAUUGCGAUGAAUGGAAUACUUGUAGAUGUCUAUGUGAAAAGGCAAACUGUUCCCUGAAUGUAAUAUUACAUCGUGUUUAAUGUGUUGAAUAUAUUGACAAUAUUAUUUCAUGAUGUUUUUAUGAUAUCCAUUUAUUUACUUGCUUUGUUUAUUCAGUGAAAAACGUGGACAAUAAAAAAAGUUAUAUAUCUAUCAUCCAACUUAAAUGACAUUCAUUUACAAUAAGGUUUUUUGUGAAAUACCAUCCUCAUUCUUAUUUAACCACUUAACAAUACUGAACCUAUAAUAGAAAUAUAAUCAACAUUUUAUAGAGAACAUAAUUAGUAAACAAAUAGUUAUUGUGUAAACUAUCACUAAUGUUUAUUCGUUUACAAUUAUUUAAACUAGUAGAAUUACUGAAAAGGAAAGUGUAAGCAAUAAAGUUUUGUACAGGGCAAUUGCAUUUUAUGUACUCAUGUAUGUGUCAGUAGCAACAACAACAAAACCAUGGUUCAUUUACCUAUUUACUUUUAGUAUUUACAAUACUAAAGUUAUAUAUAUAUAAAUCUUGUGAACGAUGUAUUAGAAUUUGUGUACGAAGUUUUUUUUACGUUUAUUCAUUUAUGCACCUACUAGUCCAUUCUUCUUGUUAAUGUUAAAAACGUCUAAUUGGAAAACUGUAUGCAAAGAUAAUAUUUCGUAUUUGUAUUUUUCUUCUCUUUUAAAACUAAUUUCUCUAUCAAAAUUGUUCAAAAUGUUUUUUUUAAUCUUCAAUAUUUAAAGAUUUAGUGUUUGUUGUAUGCUGGUUUAUCCUCUUCUUCUUCUUCUUCUUCUCCUUCUUCUCCUUCUUCAGUCACUUAGUGUAAGAACUUUAAACAAAAAAGACACAUUGUCAUUUAAUUAAUUUACUAAAAACGUAAUUAAUCUAAUUAAACGUUUUUAUGUGUUAAUAUUACAGUUAAUGCUUGUUUCAAAAUAAUAUAUUUUCAUUUGUUUAAUAUUUGGAGUAGUUACGGUUGUUUCAUUUCAAGAUAAUGCUUCUUCACAUUUAAUGUCUUUUGGCGGUGAGAUGUAUUUUUAAAUUUUACAAGAUUUCAGAUAAAAGUGAUUUGGUGAAUAUCACUGAUAAGUUUACUAGAAAAAUUAAUCUUCAGAUAGAUUCUUUGCAGAGAGUUCUAACAUAACAAUCACCUGAUCAUAAACAACUUAAAACCUGGUACAUAUUUAUAUUGAUUCAUAUUAUCCCACUAUUUCAACACAGCGAGGUGAAAUUGCCAAAAUAGAGGCUAGAGUAGUGGUAGUCGUAAUAGCAUCAGUGAUUGUAGAAACAUUGAGCUUGAACCAUCUGAUUCCAGAAGAAAGAGUGAAUGAGGGGAAUGUAUUUGAGCCACAUCACCAUCAUCUACAAUCAUUGGCCACGAUAAUCGCUAGGACUUCAACCACGUAGUUAGUACUUAUCAAUAAGGCCUUAUCUACAAGUCACUGACUGUAUGAAAUUAUUUCGCAGCUCUGUUUAGUCUCCUAUAGGUUUCUUCUGUCCUACCCCUACACGAACAAACAUCAUAUGUUUAGGUAGACAGUGGUCGGGUAUACGCAAUACAUGUUCCAACAAAUCGGGAAUCAAUCAAGAAACGUUUGAUAACAUUGAAUAAGAAUCGCACCAUAUCAAAUUUAUUAUAGCUUAAAAAUGUUGACUACUAUUUACCACCUCACUAUUCUAAAGGUAUUUUGUCUAUUACAAGAUGUGCAGGUAAUCAAUUUAACUUAGCACUAAGUCUUGAAUGGCAAUGCCGAAAAGUUCUAAUUAAGUGUACAACAGCUGUCUUCAAAUUAAACGAUUCUCCAUAAACUACUGGAUAAAACAAAAAAUCGAACGUUUACUAUUACAGAUUUUGAAUAGGUAAACAAUCAUGUUCACACAGAACGAUGGCCGUCAUCUUUACUCUCAUUUAGCCUAUAUAAUAAUAUUGUAGUGAACAAGAACACAAGUGGGGACAAUCGAAUGUAUUUUAAUACAAAAUUACAGAACAUCUUAGUAAAAUCUGAGAACCAUACAGUAAAUACUUUAUUUGUAAAAUAUCAAUCAAUUGUCUCCUUUUCAAAUAUCAGUCAAUUGUCUCAGAUUUCAUUGAUCCUGCAUUUUCAAACUAUGUUUUCUAUUACCGUUGGUAAUGUUAUUAAUUCUACUAAUUUGGGGUUUAUCGUGAUAAUGUCACCUACUAUACCAAUAUGAUUGGGCACAUAGAACCGGUUCAGUGAUACUGAAAACUAACUUGAAAUAUUCGGUCACCUGGAGCUCCUCUGGGGCUACUGCCGGUCCCAAGCCC